AUGGCCACCCUCAGGUCAGAUGCCACUUACAUCCGCGACAAAUUGACCAGAGACGUUGACCAGACAUGGGGCUUUUUUAUCUACCGUACCUGCUACUACAACGACGAUGCACGGUGGGAGAACUUUCUCGAACGAAUACGCCACCGCGAGCUUAUGAGGUCUAUGAGGUCUCUUUACGAAGAUUAUGACGCUACCCUAGUUCAACAUGGAUUCCCAAUCAUCGUGGACAAAGAGGCCUUGGACUCUGUCCUAGAAGAAAAAGCACCAGCUGAAUGA